UCUUAAAGAGAUAAGAGAAAGACUUAAAUUCUUUAACACUGCACUGUUAAAUGCCGCCAACCACCAAAAUGGACUUAAAAUUACCAUUUUUAAUAUCUGUUCUGGUAAUAGAAGGCAAUCAGUCAAUGGAUAUAAUAACACCAGAACAAAUUCUGGCCAGGAUUGCAGCAUUGGAGAAAAAAGAUUUAGAACUGACUGAAUUCAACAAAAGGUUACUGGCUAUGGUAGAGAAUCAAAGGGAACAAAUGGAGCAGAAAGACAUGACAAUAAAUCAGCUGCUAAAACAAGUCAAUGUACUAGAACAGAAAGAAACAGACAAUCAAAAUCUCAAGACAGAAGUCAGUAAGCUACAAGCAAGAAUCAUUGCCCUCGAAAGUAAGGUCAAACAGCAGACUGACAUAAAAGAAAACCAAGAGGGAAAUGGACAAAAGAGUGCAGUACCUUUUCUGCAUGGUCUUGAAACGCACAAAGGAAAUAUAAAGUCUGAAUUUUUGAAUGUCAUCCUUGCAAACAAAAAACACCUGCCACAAACAAGACCAGAAGACGUACAUCUUGCAGAAGUAAAGCGUAUAAAACCGGAUAAAGAGAAAGAAACUCUAAAGAUACGGCAGGCAUCCAGUGCUGCAGAAUUGGUGGCCUUCCACGCAGUCAUUGACCUAGGGCAUGUUUCUCACAUUGGUAUUCAUCAAAAUAUUGUCUUUGAAUCUGUACUGCUGAAUCUAGCAUCCAGUUACCAUGUACAACAUGGAAUCUUCAUAGCCCCAACUAAUGGACUAUAUCUGUUCUCAACAAGUAUUAUGGCCGACAAUAAUGGUAAAAUCAUAUACACAGAGUUGGUAAAAAAUGGUGCUGUACUUGCUCGCACACAAGGUCAAGGUCACAGUGGUAGUCAUGACCAAGGCUCUGUCACCGUGGUAACACAACUGAAUGCCUCGGAUGAAGUUUGGGUCCGACUGCAUUGUUGUGCCGACGAUUCGCUGUAUGGAGAACGAUACUCUACUUUCACCGGUGUUAAUGUUAACUGCAUUGUAAGGCAAUCAUUAAGUGUCUUCAUAAAAUCGUAAAAUUAAAAACAACAACAAUCGUAAUACUCCUUCAACUACUUCCAAUAUUGUAUAAGGAAAUGAUGAGCAUGCACAUAUUUUUCCAUGUAGCCACAAUUUUGAGGAAAUGCGUCAUGUUAUUUUUGGUCGUCAGAUUAGGGUCAUUGUGAAAUUGCAUUAAAAAAACAUUUCAUUGAAAGAAUAAAUACAAUUCUUCCCAAUUGUAUAACAUAUAUUAUAUUGUCAUCGGGAUUUUCUAUCUGCGACGUCUCCAUCAUGCCAAUUAUUUAAUAAAUUAAUUAUUAUUAUU